AACAAAAGUAAGGAGUGAUUGUUGGCGCUGGCGUCGUUGACGUUUCUUACGUUUCUUAGCGUUUCUUUUCUUUAUUCUGAUUACCCCAUUAUCCUAUCAGAAACGCUUUGCAGUUGCCGGGCGAGUGCUUCCAUCCCGAUUUGCAUCUGCCUGGGUUUCCUUCCGUGUUUCUUGCACGUUUUGUGAUCGAGCGCUCUUCGUCGACAUCCCAGCGAGAAUGGUCGUGGCACUACGAGGGUUUCGCGGCUUUGUCCGGCUCUUCGUGAUGAGGCCCCAAAACCAGAAGAACUUGGGAUCCGUUUGCAAGCUUUACUCUUCGCAGGCGCAAAGGCAGAGCUCUGAUGUUUCUCACGUGACCGUGACACCAGAAUUCCUUCGCGGUCCGGGCCUAGGGGAGCCGGUUGUCCCGGUGUCGUGGCCGCGCGGUACACCGGUGACUCCAUUGCAAGGGCUCGCUCGGAGGCAGAACGAGGUGUUGGUGCCCUGCCUGUCCUUCCAAAACCUGAGCACUGCCACUCGCACCGAAACCAUCAACGCCAACAUGACGCUUCGGCUGACCAGCAAACAGCCGCUGCUUUGCGAAGCCCAGGGUGUCGUCAGCAGUCGCGAACACUCUAAUCCGGUUCGGGACAACACGGCACCGACUAAGGGCCACAACAUACCUGCGACCACGAGGGUGGAGGCGGUGAACGAUGCAAAUGCCCGCCAGAAUCCCCUGGUGGUGGUGCUGGCAUGGAUGAAGGCCAAGGAUGCACAUCUUCAGCGUUACCACGACCUGUACAUGGACCAGGGCUUCGACGUACUUACGGUGAAGACCGACCCGAUGCAGCUGGCCUUCCCAACCAACAAGGGUUCUCAGUACAUAGCACAGAUGGUGCUGGAUUUUCUGCUGAACAACCCCAACUACGCUCGCCUCGUGGUGCACGCCUUCAGCGUGGGAGGGUACCAGAUGGGCGAGAUCCUCGUCCGCAUGCGCAAGGGAGGCAGUCGCUACCUAGACCUGGCGCCCCGGUUCAAGGCGCAGGUCUACGACAGCCUGGUGGACUACACGGGCAUUCCCACGGGCUUCCCGACAGCACUCACCAAGAGCCAGUUCCUGCGGAAGGUUCUGGAGAUCAUGAUCCGCGUGCAGAGCGUCAUCAUGUACCCCAUGUCCACCGUUCACUACAAGGCCGCCUCCAGGGCCUUCCACGACAACCCGCUCAUGUGUCCUGCACUCAUGAUCAACUCCAAGGAAGACCAGGUCAGCGGACUGGAAGACAACAUCAGGGUAGCUGACUGUUGGCGGAAGAAGGGCCUGGACGUGGCCUUCUGCACGUUUGACGACUCGAAGCACGUGCAACAUAUGGGCAAGUACCCGGAUCAGUAUGUGAACGAGGUGCUCCGUCUGCUACGUAAGGUCCAGCUAGCGGCUUAGGACGUUAACUGCGCAAUAUUCGCUGACGUGCUUCAGUAUGUGCCUCUUGUGCGAAGGCGGGUUGGGACACGCUGCCGUGGAUUUUUGGGGGUUGUAAUCCGUUUUGUGUGUUUGGCGCUGUACGAAAUAUGCUAUCAUAUACACUUUUUUCAAUUGAAAGGCAAAUCAUUUACAAGACAAGCAGUAAAUGGAAAUGAAUAAAUGCAAGCUUUUGGUCGCCAUAGUUACAUUUUGACCAGGGCCUAGUCAGUUUACCAAGAGCCUGUUGCAUGCUCAGAAAUCUGAAAGACAUGUCGCAGCGUCCGGAUUCUUGGCCACCUUCCCCGACUCUUGACUAUCUUCGAUUUGUCAGAGGGGUGCAGACUCCCAAAAAAUAGUGGAAACCACCAAGAUAAUCUGGUGUUCGCUGAUCAUCCGGAAGUGGCUUUGCCAUUUGGUAAACAACAUGUUAAGUCUGUCUUUUGUAUCAUUAUUUCGUUGUGCAUGAUGUUUUUUGCACACUUUUAAUAAGCUUUCUUAGUAACUUAUAUGGUGAUUUGGGUAUGAAAGCAACUUUCAUUUGCUUGUCAGAACAUGGUGGCAGUUUAUACUCUUCCUCUUUAAGGAUGCACUCAUCAUGGUAAUGUGUCGCCACUCUCAACUGAAAAUAAAUAGAACUGAAUGCUGAUCCCUCAGUCAUUUAUUUUUCCAAGGGGAGAAGGAACUUUCCUUGGAAGGUCUAAAGGAACCAAAGGCAAAACAGUCACCUGUUAGUGUACCAAUGCCCUCAUUUACUUUGUAGCAUUCCCACUUUAUCGAGAUGCCCAUUGAGGCUGGCUAAACAUACAUUGAACACAUUAAUUAUUCUUAUACUUCUUUUUUGUUAUUUUUUUCUUUAGUAAUACAAAUGUAUUAAAGGAUUAGCUUGUGCUUUUCAUUGUACUCUACUAAUAACCUAAGUCUACAAUAGGUGUUAGUCGAAUCUGGCAGCAACUGUCAGUCACAUAAGCAAAAAGCUUUUUGUCAGAAAAAUGCUCGAAAUAAUGAUUGAAUAAAAGGAGUCAGCAAUGGGUAUGUUUGCUUCACGUCUGUAUUUCACUUGGGCAGCGCUUCUAAGUCGUCUCAGCAUCGUAGUGCUGCUCUAGAACAGCGCUAUGUUAUGUAUUAAUCCUUAUUUUAUGCGAUGUGUUUUUAUGUAGACGCCUUAUAGUUCUAGCGGGAAUUAUUUUGUCCGUUGUACUUUUUUGUGUAUACGCUGUUACCUGUGAUUUCAAGUAUCAUCAAAUAAAGGGUGACUGGUCGACAUUUUUAAUUCACAAAA